GGCGUUAUCAGUGUUGAUCAGUGUUGAUCAUGACCAGUGUGCAUUUCAGUUGAUUUCAGUGUAUUUGUAUCAAAGUUUAUUGUACACCUUUGUGUCUGUGUAUUAAAAAAACAUUUCAAAACAUUAAAGAUUAAUUACAAUGAGAUAAUAAUAAAGCAAAGUUGAUUGUACAGAUUUUGUAUGAAAAUGGGCGGUGGAGAUUUGAAUUUGAAAAAAUCAUGGCAUCCAUCUACCAUGAAGAACAUGGAGAAAGUUUGGAAGGCAGAGCAACAGCAAAGCCAAGAGAAGAAAAGAAUAGCCGAAUUGAAAAGGGAAAUCGAAAUGGAAAAGGACAGAGAGGAUAUCAAAAAGUAUGCAAUGGAACAAGGUGUAAUAGAGGGAAAGGAUGACAAAAAAUUAGAUUGGAUGUAUAAAGGACCAAAUCAAUUGAUCAAUAGAGAAGAUUAUUUACUUGGAAAGCCAAUUGACAAAUCUUUUGAGCAAAUUGCUCAAACAGAAAAAGAUAAUGUAAUAAAUCAAGCACCCAGAAAUCACGUUGAACAUGAAUGCAUUCCACCUUCAUUGCGCUUUUUCUCUGGUAAUGAACAAGUAGACCUAGCAAGAAAAAUGCAAGAAGAUCCUCUAUAUGCUAUAAAGAAAAAAGAAAUGGAAACAAGAAAUCAGUUGUUGAAAAAUCCUGUUAAACUAAAGCAAUUAAGGCAAUUGCUGGAACAACAAUCAAAAAAAAGUAAAAUUGAAAAGAAACAGAAAAAACGAAAGAAACAUAAAGAAGAUAUAGACAGUGAUGAUGAAAUACAAUUAGAUAUGUUGUUAGCUGCUAAAUAUAAACAGUUAAAGAACAAAAUUACUGAUAAAGACUUAAAGAAGUCAAUGGAAAAGAUUAAACAUAAACGGAGAAAAAAGUUAAGAAAAGAGAGUGAAAGUAGUUCAAGUAGUGAAUCUGAAAGCAGUAUUGAAAGUAGCACAAGCGACGAAAGUACACAAAAAUGUAAAAGGAAAAAGAGAAGUAAGAGUAAAGAAAACAACACGCAAUCUAAGAAACAUAAUAAAGAAAAAUAUACAGAAAAAUCUGAUAAGAAAGGACAUAAAAAGCAAAGGAUAUCUGAAACACAAUUUAGGAUGAGUCAUAGUUCGAACAGAGAAAGAAGUGACAGUUCAAGUAGAAGAAAAAAAUGUAUAGAAUAUAAAAGAGACAUACAUAAAAAUAAAGACAGAGAAUUUCAUUCAGGAACUCCUCAAGAUAAAGAAUAUAGUUCUCGUAGCAGUAAAUACAAUAGCAGAAAUAAUGAUGAUAAACAUAACCCGAAUAAAUUAAGUGAUAAAAAAAUUAGUUAUUCUAAAUCAUUUUCUGAUAUGGUCCAAGAGAAAUAUAAAGAUGUUAAUAGAAAUAAAGAUCAAUGGAGUCCAAAGAAGAAACACCAUCUUACGGAUGAAGAAAAAGAAAGACGUAGACAGGAAAUGAUAGCUAAUGCGACAUGGAGAAAUAAGGAAAGACAAAAAAAUGUUAAAAAAUAUACUGAAGAAGAAAGGAAAGAAAUAAAUAGUAGAAAUGACUAUAAUCAAGAUUUUGUCAGAAAGCAUUUGGCAGCUGCUGCGGAAGUAGGAACUGUCGCGUCUAGGAUUAAAGCAAAUAUUAAUAACAUACAGCGAUCUGGACGAGCGAUGGAUACGAAUUUUGCUAAAAGGUAAUUUGCAAUACUGUGAUUAGAUUUGUAUAGUUAUGUAAAGUUUCCUUUAAAUUUUUGUAAAAU